UGCAAACAAAAACCAUUGUAAUAUAUUGAAAAUCUUUAAAGCAAUCUUUUAAACUUGGACACUCAAUGUCGGCAGUUCUACAUUUGUGAUACAUUAACACGUCGACUAUAUGGGCUUUCCGUGUCCUGAUGCACUCGGACUAUCCUUACUGACGGACUCCAGAGAAAUAUGCUGUGUGUUCUCAAAUAUCUAUACAAAAGACAACAACGAUACACCACGAGGAAAAACGUCGCGAUUUGAACAUAUUUUCUUUGGACUAACCGUACUUUCAGCAGCAUUGACAAUUCUUUUUGCUGUACUUUGUAUUGCCUUAGGAAAUAAAACCAAUCAAAGUGAAAGUACCAUAUGUCUAAACUGUGACGAGCUGAUAUUAUCAUAUAGCCCUUUUCCUCAUGCAAACAAGGAUAUCGAUGCGUUAAGGCAAGCGGAAAAUUCUUCACUUUGUUGUGGACCCCUUCUGAACAUCUCCAAACUUCUUCUCACAAAGGCAACAACGAGCAAACAUUUUGAACAGUCUCAGAAAGUCACUGUCGGAGACGGCUUUUACGAACUAUUUUACGACGAUUGUGACAAAGUUAACGGCAUCCGUACUCCAAAAGCAAAGCUUGCUGGUAUUGUUGACAUCUCACCAAGUCUGACGGUGAAUGGUCAUUCAAAACUGCUCUGGAAUAUAUAUAACUCCACGUUUACGGAACACAACUGUAUCCAUCUCUUUCAAGAAGGAGAAAUCUUCAUCAAGCAGCCGGGGUAUUACAUUGUAUCCUCUUUGAUACACGUUCGAAUACCAGCCACCACAAAUAACACUCUAAAGUUAAGACCACCGUCAACAAACAGCACGACUCUAUUCGAACACCAUGUGGAUCUAUUAUCACAUUAUUACGGACACACUCGAGUAUUGAUGCAAAGGAAAAGAUCGUUGGGACAAACCCAAAUGCUUGCCUUUACAAGUAUGGUUUCAUCUGUGUUUAAGUUUCAGAAGAAUGACCGAAUUUCAGUUUCCAUUUCGCACCCAGAGUACAUCAAUUUGAAUCACACUAUGAAUCACUUUUCCAUUUACUACUCUUACGAUUUUGAACUUUAAUUCAACCGUCAGUGGAAUGCAGUCAAAUGGACUGUUAUUCAAAAAACAGGAAGGACAUAUUAUGGUUUGGAAUGAACAAGAUACAAUAAUCUUUAUUUAAGUCGUGUAUAUGAUAACAAGAAACAUUAGCUACAAGAACUUUUUUAUCAUGUCACUAAACGACGGACACAAAAUGUAACAUCAAACAUAUAACAGAAGAAUAUCAAAAUGCCGUGUGUUUGUUUUGUAAAUGUUUGGGUAACAACCUUGGCAUUGUAAAGGAACGUUAAGUAAGAACACGCCUGUAGAUUAAACCAACGGUGAACUUAACACUUGAAAACAUAGCAGUUAUUUCAGUUUAAGAGUAUGUAUUUUUUUGAAACCGCUCAAACUCCUAGUAAUUUGUUUCAAACGAACUUGAUUUAUCAACAUGAAUGUAAAAUGUAUUAACACUUUUUAUUCUUUGAUUUGUUUUUACAAAAUGGAUUUGUUCUAGUUGAUAUUUCUAUUAAAUGUUUUGAAGAAUA